CCACUAUCAUUUGUUCCUUCAGUUCAUUGCAUUGGGCAGUACCCUCCAAUCUUGGGAAGACGAAAAGAUUAUAUAAAAAAGAUGUUGUCUUCUUCAUAUAAUCAUCGCGCCUUGCGCAUUAUUCCGUCUCCUCUGCUCGGAAAGUGCCAUACAGGACCGACUCCUUCUCUUCCUUCUUCUCUCCGGCUUCUCGCGUCCCCUGCUACACCUACACUGAGGACCAAGGCGAUGACGACCAAGGCGGCGUUGACCACUGUUGAGCUUCGGAAAGGAAUAGCAGAGUUCUACGACGAGUCAUCCGGGUUGUGGGAGAAUAUAUGGGGUGACCACAUGCACCAUGGAUUCUAUGACCCUAAUGCUGAGGCCUCCAUCUCUGACCACCGUACGGCCCAGCUCCGCAUGAUUGAGGAGGCGCUCCGUUUCGCCGGUGUCAGUGAGGACGCUGAAAAAAAGCCUAAGAGUGUAGUUGAUGUUGGUUGUGGGAUUGGAGGAAGCUCUCGAUACCUGGCUAAGAAAUAUGGGGCGAAAUGCCAAGGUAUUACCCUCAGUCCUGUUCAGGCACAAAGGGCCAAUGCUCUUGCUGCUGCUCAAGGUUUAUCUGGCGAGGUUUCCUUUGAAGUUGCAGAUGCUUUGGAGCAACCUUUUCCAGAUGGACAAUUUGAUCUUGUUUGGUCCAUGGAGAGUGGAGAACACAUGCCUGACAAAAGGAAGUUUGUUCAAGAGUUGGCUCGAGUUGCAGCCCCGGGAGGAACUAUAAUAAUUGUAACUUGGUGCCAUAGGGAUCUUGCCCCUUCUGAACAGUCCUUGGAGCCAUGGGAGAAAGAGCUCUUGCGCAAGAUAUGUAAUGCUUUUUAUCUUCCUGACUGGUGUUCCACAGCUAAUUAUGUUGAAUUACUUCAGUCCAGUUCACUUCAGGAUAUUAAAACAGCAGAUUGGUCUCAGUAUGUUGCCCCAUUUUGGCCAGCAGUUAUACGCUCCGCUCUGACCUGGAAAGGCUUCACAUCGCUGCUGCGUGCUGGUUUCAAGACAAUAAAAGGAGCAUUGGCAAUGCCUUUAAUGAUUGAAGGAUACAAGAAGGGUUUAAUCAAGUUUGCCAUCCUUACAUGCAGAAAACCAGAAUAAAUCAACAGAGGGAGCAGGCUUUGGCGUUUGCUACCCAGUGUUAUUCCACUUUUUGUUAUUUCAUAUGUUCUAAAAUCAGAUCUCUCCUUCCAGGUUCCCAGUUGAAGCAGCUUAUUAGUCCUGUACUGGUAGAUUUUUCAAUAAUGGUGUUAAUGUAGGUAAAUUUUAUCUGCAUGAGAGUAGAUUUUGAGGCACAAGUUCUUGCCUUUUAAUCUAUCGUCUGAGAUUUUGAAUAUACUACUACUAUCCAUUGUACGUUUUUUCAAUUACUGGAUUAAUUAAUAAUCAGCACAGACUGCACAGUUGUUUGAAA